GUAAUAUCCGCGGACCAAUCGCUUUCUUGUCGUAAUUGGGCGUAACCCCAAUGUCCAGGCCUCUUCCUAAGCACCGCCCACUCGUUCUCCAUUUUGUACUGCAGUGUCUUGCGAGCUGCGUCAUUUGGCGAGAGAUUGGCAGUGGAGAAAGAGGUUUUUGUUUUAAAUCCAUUGAACCAUGAGUGGCUGCAGGGUAUUUAUUGGCAGGCUUAACCCAGCUGCCAGGGAGAAAGACGUGGAGCGCUUCUUCAAGGGUUAUGGGCGUAUCAGAGAUAUUGACUUGAAAAGAGGCUUUGGAUUUGUGGAGUUUGAUGAUCCCAGAGAUGCGGAAGAUGCAGUCUAUGAGCUUGAUGGCAAAGAGCUGUGUAAUGAGAGAGUUACAAUUGAACAUGCUCGUCUCCGGUCUCGAGGUGGUGGUCCAAGGGGAAUGGGCAGAGGAAGAUACAAUGACCGUUUCAGUAGUCGGCGACCCCGUGGUGAUAGAAGUGCUCCACCCAUAAGGACUGAGAAUCGUCUUAUAGUAGAAAAUCUGUCUUCAAGAGUCAGCUGGCAGGAUUUGAAAGAUUUCAUGAGACAAGCUGGAGAAGUUACGUUUGCAGAUGCACACCGACCAAAGCUUAAUGAAGGGGUUGUUGAAUUUGCAUCCUACAGUGAUUUAAAAAAUGCCAUUGAAAAACUUUCUGGGAAGGAGAUUAAUGGCAGAAAGAUAAAACUAAUUGAAGGAAAUAAAAGACACAGUCGGUCAAGGAGCAGAUCACGUUCCCGCAGCAGAAGUUCAUCCAGGUCCCGAAGCCGCUCCCGCUCCAGAAGCCGAAAGUCUUACAGCCGAUCUCGUAGCCGCAGCCGCACUCCCCGCAGCAACCGUAGCAAAUCCAGGUCUGUGAGUAGGUCGCCUGUUCCUGAAAAGAGCCAGAAAUCAAGAAGCCCAUCCAAAUCGCCUGCAUCUGUCGACAGACAGAAAUCACGGUCAAGAUCUCGAUCUCGAUCCAGAUCUCGAUCUGCUGAUAGCAGAAACUGAACUUAUUCCCCCCCACACACACUUUCCCUUUUUGAAAGACAUACUUGCUCACUUCUGUGGUAAGUAUUUGUCAUGGAUUAUAGGCAGGAUGGUAUCUUAAUUUUUUUUUUUUUUAACUUUCUCCUUCACCAAUCCUGUCGGACCACCAACAAGCUGAAGCUGCUGGGACAGUUUUGAUUACACUUCCUGCUUUAGUCCAAAUUGUAUAGUUUGUGUAAUAAAGGCUAAUUUGUGCUUAGGCCUUAUUUGUAAGAACCAAGAUCAGGUGUGUAAAUUGUUGGCUGUAUAUAGGCAUUGUUGUUUGUGUAAACCCACCUCCCCCCCGGGAUCUUUUUCCCUCUUGUUCUAUGAAAAUGUUACCAAUAAAAGAAAUGAAAUUCUGA